AUGUCUCGUGAUAGUGAGCAUCAAUCUUUUCAUGAUUCCCCGUUUACGGCCCUUUCUCCGGUGUUUAUGGAUGCUUUCUCUGAAGCUAUUGGUUCGAAUUGCACUGUUCCAAGUCUCAUGCUAUUCUUCAUUAGAUGUAUUGAUGAAAAACUGCAGAUAACUUGUUUGAGAGAAAAUAACGAGGACAGAACGGUGGAUUACUGGAGUGCAGGCACGGUGGCGGGAAGUAAGGAGCACUUGGGUACCGUCAAAAAGGCGAGCCCAUCAAGAAAAGAGGGCUGCUGCAAUAAUACGCAGUUAGCAGCAGCAGUUGCAAUUGUGGUAUCACCAUUAUCGUCAUCUAUCAUAACCGCAAGAAAUGUCGUCGUUGAGCAGCGGCCACAGCAGUACAUCAAGCAUGAGCAGUACCAGUACCGACCUCAGUUCUUGCAACUUUACAUGCAACUUCCUGGUGACGCCCAUAACAGUUGGUGA